GCAUCUUUCUUCCCUCUUGCCCUUCAUAACUACACAAAAUGAUGUUAUAUGCGUUUUACGCAUUACUUUUCACUUCCAUCUGUGGCUAUGCAUUCUUCCACGGUCGAUUCUUAAAGACUCCUAUUACCAGGACCAGCAUUGCACUCGUCAUUGCCCAUCCUGAUGAUGAGGUCAUGUUCUUUGGCCCUACUUUAGCAGAGUUGACGAGAUCCGAACAUGGGAACGUGGUUAGAGUACUAUGCCUGUCCAGCGGGAACCAUGAUAAUCUUGGCGAAAUCAGAAAGAAGGAACUGGUGGCAAGUUGCAGGGCCUUUGGGAUCCGUGAAUCUCAUGUCACAAUUUUGGAGCGCGAUGAUCUAAAGGAUGGUCCAAAAGUACUCUGGGAUCCAUCAUUAGUCGGUGAUCAGAUGAACCUGUUUGCUAAGAAGCAUGGGAUCGAGACUAUUAUAACUUUUGACGAAAAAGGCGUCUCUGGACAUAGAAACCAUAUUGCAUGCUAUGUUGGAUUAACCUAUUUCAUCCAAACCUUCAAGGCGCAUACUCCUGUGAAGACAUGCUAUGUUCUCAAAUCCAUUUCCCUUCUCCGCAAGUACAUCUCACUUCUAGAUUUGCCCUUCACGAUGGUGAUGACAGAAGCUCUAAUGCCAUUGUUUUCUCAGUACCUGGGGCUUGGCGGUGCAGCUCCCUUGGCAGGCGGAUCUAAUAGCAAUAGUAACCCCGGUAGCCUUCGACCUUUGGAGUUGUUGUUUGUCAGCUCACCCAAAGCUAUUGCUCAAGCUAAAGGGGCUAUGGAGAAGCAUGAGUCGCAGAUGGUGUGGUUCCGCAAGCUCUACGUUAUCUUUUCAAGAUACAUGUCUGUCAAUGAAUUAAGGCGAGUUAUGUAAAAGAAAGAGAAAAUUGUAGUCUGUAGGAACAGUGACGAUGAAGAUUAAAAACAGUGGAGCACAAACGGUC